AUGCCUCGGGAGGGUCCCGAAAAGCGUCGAUCGGUAGCUUUGCCGAUGGUUCGAUUUGUAUCGGUGGCUCCCACAAUAUCAACCUCGUGUAUGUCCCUGUCGAUUUCAUACGGUGCCUCUCUUGCUGUUGGGAUUUACGAGGGUCUCAACAAAUCUGGCUUCGUUUACCACUAGACACCGCCCUCCACCGUACAGCAUAAACGAGUGUCAGUCAACACGGAGAUUCCUAGAAGAGCUACAUUGAUGGGGGUGGUGAUUUGGGGAUACACACAUGCUGAAG